AUGCUAUUCUCAAUACUCUCUUUUCUGUGGCUUGCCACAGCGGCCAUGGCUGCGGUAUCAGGCUCGUUAAGCCCUGCCAGAAUCGAGCUCGACGUUGUUUUUCCUCGCAACGCUACCUACAAUACGAUGACUACACCUCCGAUUGUUCUCGCGAUGCAAAACGCCCCAACUGCUGCAUUUUUUGACUAUGAUCUGUCCUGGAAUCUCGAAAGUGAUAGCUUUUUCUACUUAUCCAGCACUUUCAACACAUACAACUUCGGGAAAAAGUUCAAUUACACCUCGGGCGACACUGCUGUGCUUCUUGAUUCCGCUCCCUUUGGCCAAGAACUAGACGCUGGCCACUAUAGCCUUUCUUGGGAGCUCAGUACAUCACAUUGUACUCAUGAGGGGUCCGAGACUAUUAUCGAAACCAGCAACGUUGCUUCGGGAACACUCUACUUCACCGUCGUUGCCGACAAGAGUGGCACGGAUUAUGGUCUCUCAGAAUGCCCUGGGUACUUAGGCAGUUUCGCAGCUAAAUCCGCGACGGAUACCUGUCCUGAAGUGAUCGAAGACGAAAGCGAGCCUCGGCCGUGCGAUGCCAAGAUGAAAGAUGACCAGAUUAAGUGUGUGGAAUCAUAUCUUUCUGGGGAGACCGACAUGGAAAUAUGCACCUCUGCAUUUGAUGAUAUCGAAUCAGGAGACAAGGUUGAAUGGAAAUAUGCCGAUGAAGCGCGACAGGCGAACGAUCAUGCUGCUGGCUCAAGCGACCAAGAUGAUCCAAACAACUCAUCUGUCACAUCGAGCUCCUCAAAUGAGGAUAAGCCCGAUGAAACUGAUGAUUCGUCGGAAGAUUCUGAUUCUUUGGCGACUACAAUCCGACCCAACUUUGUUUGUCCGGCUCUUGCCAUAGUGGCAUUGAGCUUUGUCCUAUAA